AUGGAGGCUGAACACGUUGAACAAUUAUGAGUUUCAGAGGGUGUGUCUUGUCAGAAUGAACGAGCCCACUCUAAUGUUACAUUUAGUCCAGACGAGGUACAACACUAAACGCUCUUCCACCACUUUCUGUCGACACAGGUUUUCUGGAGGAUAAGCGACCAACUUGCGUUUAAACAUUGAAUGUGGGGUCGUUUCGGGGGAGGGCAAAGUGUUACGCAGUAGGCUAGUGUUUUUCUUUAUCACCCAGUUUCAGAUAUUGUCCUUGAUAUUGGCCAACGCGCCUCUCUUGCCCCUUCUCUUGGGGUCGCGUUCGUCGGGGAUUGUUGUUAGUUCACCAAGGGGGUGUCGCCAUGGGGGAUGUUAUUUCCACUCACCUGGACGAGGGCAAGCGAGAGAUGAUUACAGCUCGUGCCAGGCAGGUGAUGGGGGAGUUUGGCCAUGUGUACAAGGAGCAGUAUGCUGUGGCCCUCUUUAACGGUGUCCGCUUUGAGAUCGAGGGGGGAGGAGGGCCUCAGUCACAGCUCCUGCACCGCAAGAAUCCUCUAGAAGACCACUCUAUCUUCUCUGGGGGUCUGUUCCAGUACUUGGAGGGGAACAAGAAAUGGAGAAACCGCUUUGUCUUCGUGGCCGACACAUACGACGUUAGCUUCUACGAGAACAAAGUGGCUCACGAGAGGGGCUUGCACCCUAAAGGAACCAUCAACUGUGCCGGAUACAAAGCUCUGACCUCCAUGGAAGAGUACCUGGAUCUGGUCAGCACCAGCCUGCCAGGUGUAAAGGCUAAGGCGGGCAGCGGUCCAUUUGUCAAGGGUGCCACCCAGUUCCCCCUGAUCCUGUGGCACCCGUACGCCCGCCACCACUACUUCUGUGUGCUGACAGAGAAGGAGCAGACGAAGUGGCACGCUGUGCUCCAGGACUGUGUCAGGCACAGCAACAAUGGUCUGUCAGAGGAGUGCAGGGUGCAGACCCCUGCCUUCACAGAUGCAGUGCGGCUCCACAGGCAGGCUCAGGGACACUACGGCACCUGGGACAUGAUGUGUGGAGGGCCACCACAGAUCCUAGCCAACUUAGUGAUGGAGACCCUCUACCCAGAGCUGAGGAAUCUGAUUGGUCCUCGUCUGAAGGGGAAGAUACAACAGAGACAGAGGAACUGGAUGCUGAUCUCUGAGGCGGUGUAUAAGCAGGUGUUGUCUCAGACCCAGGCCCAAUACGAGGCUCUCGUCCAGGCCUGUGAGGUAGAGACGCCCCGUCUAGACGCCGCUCUACGCACAGACAUGGACCAGAUUAUCACCUCCAAGGAACACGUCAGCGGCAAGAUCCGCGCUCUGGUGUUGCCCAGGGCAGAGCAGCUCCUUCGGCGCAGCGUCCAGCCCUACGUCAGCUCCAUCCUGGAAGCCUUGAUGGAGCCCACCAGCAGAGGCUUCUCCGAGGUCCGAGACGUCUUCUUCAGAGAGCUGGUGGAGGUCAGCAAGAACACACUCAACGGAGGGGGCAAGGACAAACUGGGGGAGCACAUGGAGAAGAUCUCUAUGCUGGCGUUCCACCCGGUGAAGAUGCAGAGCUGCUAUGAGAAGGUGGAGCAGCUGAGUCUGGAAGGGCUGCAGCAGAGGUUUGAUGUGUCCAGCCCCUCCGUGUUCGUCCAGAGGGCUCAGAUCCUCAUGAGAGAGCAAAUGGACAACGCUGUGUACACGUUCGAACAGCUGCUGCACCAGAGUCUGGAGGAAAAGGACCAGAGAGGAGAGAACCUGUGUAAGACCAUCCAAUGCUGCCAGGACAGAGUUCUGAAGAAAUAUGACUAUGACAGUAGCACGGUGCGUAAGAAGUUCUUCAGAGAGGCCCUGCUACAGAUCAUCAUCCCCUACAUGCUGAAGCAGCUGGCUCCCUCAUGCCAUCCGGACCUCCCUCCCUUCCAGGAGCUGAUCUUUGAGGACUUCUCCCGGUUCAUCCUGGUGGAGAACAUGUUUGAGGAGGUGGUGCUGCAGUCUGUCACCAAGGACAUCAUGAUGGCUGUGAAAGAGGCGGCAGUCCAGAAGAGACACAACCUGUACAGAGACAGCAUGAUCCUGACCAACAGCGACCCCGACCUCCACCUGCUGGGGGAGAGCCCCUCGGUAGACUGGGCCGCCCAGUUCGGUGGCGGGGAUGAGGAGUCUGACGAGUCCCCGGAAGGAUGUGGCCGGUCCAAAUGGCGGCGCAGGCAAGUGGUCUCCAUGAUCAAGCUGGACGGGAUGGGCCCGCUGCCCUACGAGUCGUGCUUGGAGGUGCCGGGGGUGGAUUUCAUCCCUGAGGAGGGGGAGAUGGAGGGGGGGGUGGAUUUCAUCCCUGAGGAGGGGGAGAUGGAGGGGGGGGUGGAUUUCAUCCCCGAGGAGGGGGGGAUGGAGGAGGGGGGGGAUUUCAUCCCCGAGGAAGAGGAGGGAGCGACCCCCAUGGAACCAGAGCCAAAUUCCCCAGACAACGUGCAGGAGAUCCGUUACCUCAUCAAUCCGGUGGUGGAGAUGGUUGUCCCGGCCUCAGAUGAGGACUUGGCUGUUCUCCCCAAUGGGACAGAGCCGGGGAUGCUGACGCUAGAAGGCGAAGAGGAGGAGGUGACGCUCAUCACCACCGUGGUGGAGGAGGUGCACUGGAAGUCACUGCAGUGGAAAAGUGCCCCACAGGAAGUGAGCAAGCAGCUGAUAGAAAGAGGUCCAGACCAGAAAGCUGAAGGGGAGCUUCAGGAAAAAGGGGAGGCAGCUAUUGAGGGCAAGGUAGAGGGCAUCGAGAACGCCUUACAGGAAAUGACGAUAAUGAUACAGGAGGAGAGGCAGGACGAGGUGGAGGCAGCCAUCGAGGGAGAAGAUGAGGCUAUCGAGAAUGCCAUACAGGAAAUAGAGAUGGCGGUACAGGAAGAGGAUGAAGACAGGAUAACGGAGUGUGCCGUAGACUCUGACGCUGAGCUGGCCCCACCAUUGGCUGACUCCAGCCCCCGGCACCACGAUGACAGCGGCUUCCAGUCACUGACCAAUGAGGCCUUGGAUGAGGGCGAAGCUCAGCCAAUGAAGGAUGUUCUGAAAACAGAGGACUCUCUAACCGAUCCAGGUGAGGUUGAGGUGAUUGUGGAACAGGGAAACGCUGCACUUCACGACAACUCUGAGACCGGGGAGGACUCUGAAACUGAAAUUUUAUAUGACAUUUGAAUGGGAAGACAAGGGAGAAUAUUUCAUUUUUUUACCUCAUUUUCAUCAUCUCCAGCACAAUACCAGUGUCAACAUACCUGAUGAUAUCAUCAAAAGUGACGUGGGGAGCAAGAAAAUACCCUCCCUUGGGCUAGAAACUUAUUGCAGGUUUUGAAAAUCCUUUUUCUGACUUUGAAUCUUACCCUGUGGUGUCACAGAUCAUAGAAAGGCAGCGUUUUCACAUGUGGUAUGCCACUGGUAUGGUUCUGGAGAUGACGAAUAUGAGGUGGAAAAGUUACUUUACACUACAGAUGUCCAUGUGUAAGAGCCUUCAGGAUAUAUUCACAGAGAUGCAUGGCAGGAUAGACGUGGAACACUUUAUGGUGCAUGGGUACACACUCACUGGUCAUUGCAUGACCUCUUACUGAGCACUAGGAGGCACUGUAAGCUGGCUUUUGACACAACCGGCUCUGUUUUACCUCUUUGUCAUGUCAUCUUACUGUAAUAUGGGCAUUGUCGAAAACAUAUCAUUAUAGAGAUUCAGCUAUCGUCGCAUUCAGGGCCUGGGAGCUCUGCUUUUUAACACGUUUUAACAAUGACUUGGCACACUAGUGUAUAAAAUCAGCCAGAGUGAUUUUGUCUUGAAAUAAGUUUAAGCCUCGUUUUUGAAGCGUUUAAUUUUAAAUUUUCACAAGCAGCCUUCUGGUAUCUUUUCACAGUGCAUGACGAGGCACUUGCUUACUUCCUACUUUUCUGUCUGCUUCCAGUUGACUAACACAGAUGCUCGAGGUCCUGUGUCAGCCACAGUGCCACGAACACGUUUAGUUAUUACUAAAGGGACUUGCUCUGCUGAUAUCUUGUCUUGACUGUGACGCAUCAGAGUCUCUCGUCUGCGUGUGGGAGUGUGUUGUAUAGAUGGUUGACAGCACGCUAUGUACCUUGUCAUGAAGAGGCCUCUGUCAGUCUAAAUAAAAUGAAAAAUGAAGUUGGCUUUGAGUGCAGAUCCAUCACACCUUCCUCUUUGUCCAGUCUCCUCCGGCCACACCAAGGGAAUAAACCAAGUCUAUAUUUGUUUAUUUUCCCCACUCUUCAAAAUGAGGGAAAUUGGAUUUAUGAUGAUUUUCUAUCCAUGCUAUGUUUAUGGCCACUGUAUAUAUUUGUUCUUAACCAGGCUGAGUUUGUAGUCUUGGGGAAAAUGGGUCCAUGUAUCUCCGUGACUUAAAAGGAUAGUUCACUCUGAACUACUCCUUUAAGACGGAGUCCUUCUGUUUCCUUCCUCUAUUUAUGACAAAUACUCUGUAUGGUGCCCAAUGCGUUAUCCUCGGCUAUAGUCUUCAUUUUGUGUAAAGCCCUACACAAGAGCUUUUUAUUGAUUUGUAUGACAAACUAUACUUAUGGAUUAAUAAAUAUAUUGAUUUGA